CUACUAUAGACACUAGACAUCAUUCAGGCUCUUAGACCUACUCUACUCUCGCGGUUUAGACCAGUAAUGGCUGCACCUGCUGCUGCAACCGUCGCCGCCGCCGACGCCCUCCCCGUCCUGCCCCCAGCCAAGGAUAUUCCCUCUAAUCUCGUGUCGAGUUUCAAGAGCUGGUGGCAUGCUGGCGAGAACCAGAGCGCCGCGGCGGAGCAGCGAUUGCUUAGACAGCUCCCUUUUUUCCGACCCUCCAGCUCAUCAUCAUCCGUCCAUGAAGGACCUGUCGUCGCGACCAGCUCACGCGUUGACCUCAAUACCCCGAAGCAUUACAUCAAUACCCUCUCGAUCAAGUCUACGACCCGCUCCCCCACCGCCCCUCCCCCCGCCGUCAUGCUGCACGGCUACGGCGCCGGCCUCGGCUUCUACUUCCGCAACUUCCAAGCCGUCGCCGACUGGGCCGGCCGGCGGGGCACCGACGUCUUCGCGCUCGACUGGCUCGGCAUGGGCCGCUCCGCGCGCGUCCCGUUCACGGUCAAGGCGAAGCGCGACGACAUCCCCGCGCGCGUCGCCGAGGCCGAGUCCUUCUUCGUCGACUCGCUCGAGGAGUGGCGCGCGAAGAUGGGGCUCGAGAAGAUGACGCUCGUCGGCCACUCGCUCGGCGCGUACUUCAGCGUCGUGUACGCGCUCAAGUACCCCGCGCGCGUGAACAAGCUCAUACUGCUCUCGCCGGCCGGCGUGCCGCGCGACCCGAACGGAACGACCAUGCCCAGCCGCGAGGUGACGGACGCGCAGGUGGCGGAGGGCUCGGACGAGGACCACCCCGAGCCCGCGACGAAGGGGCGGGUGGGCAGCCUGAAGGACCAGCAGAAGGAGCAGAAGCGCCAGGAGAGCCGCGCGCGGAAGCUUUUCACCUAUCUCUGGGAGGAGGGCUGGAGCCCCUUCCAGGUCGUCCGCUCGACGCUUUUCUGGGGCCCCAUGCUCGUCGGAAAGUACUCUUCCCGCCGAUUCACCGGGCUGACGGAAGAGGAAACGCGGAACAUGCACGACUACAUCCUGAACAUCACCCUCGCCAAGGGCUCGGGCGAGUACUGCAUAUCACACAUCCUCGCCCCCGGGGCACACGCGCGCAUGCCGCUCGUCGACCGCAUCGCCGCGCUCAAGAUACCCGUCACCUUCGUCUACGGCGAUCAGGACUGGAUGGACCCGCAGGGCGGCACGGAGUCUGUCGAGAACCUGCGUAAAGCGGGGAACGGCAACGGGCGGAUGUACGUCGUCCCGCAUGCGGGGCACCAUGUGUACCUCGACAACCCGCGAGUCACGAAUGAGCUGAUCGUCAAGGAGCUGGAUCGCCCGGUGAACUGAGAGUGCUAGUGAAGGUGCUUGUAGUCUUGUUCUUGGUCUUUUUGGUUGCUUCGGACUCUACUCUGCGGUUGGACCUCGGGAUGUUGUAACAUAAUACUCGUAAUCAUGUGCUAUUGCUCUCAUUCUUGCUGUCUACACAGACCCUAAUGCACAUUCGUACGCUUGUUUCAAUAUAGACUCAAUACUAUCUAUUUAUUGCCUCCCGAG